AUGCGCAUCAUAUUGAUUCACUUCAUCAACGUGUUCAUUUUGCUUAUCCAAGCAUCCGUACAAAAUGAUGAAAUGAGCAAGUUGAAUGAAGAUAUAGAGAAUAACAAAAAUCGGUCAGAUAAUUCUAGAAAUAAUAAAUGGAUUUCAAUCAAUGAUUAUGUGGAAUGCACGACCCAACGUUUGAAAGGCGAUCGUGGCCAAAAGUUCACUGUGGAAGCGGAAGCAAUGUUGAGUGAAGAAUCGAAUAAAUAUGAUUUAAGCUCUGAGGAGUUAUUGAGGCGACUACCGUGUUUAAAAAAUAAAACAAAACUAUUUCAAGAAAUGAAUGUGGAGACUAGAACGCUCAGUUUAAAGGAAUUAUGGAGUCGAGAGGGUGACUAUGAUAUGUUUAAGCGCAGUCUAGAAGGUUCAAUAAAACUAGUGGAAGAUUAUUUAGCUGGUUAUAGUUAUUCGAUACUUAAGCAAAUCACACUGGAAGCUAUUCGCGAAAAGUAUGAGAACGGAUUGCGUCACCUUAACAAGUAA